CAUGCCAAGUCAAGACAGCUCCUGUGGCCAUCCCACCCACACUCUUUCAGGUUUCCUUUGGGGAACCUUGUUUUGGUAGCAGCAGCCUUUUUUACAGCCUGCUCACCAACAAGGCUUAUUACAGCUUUUAAGCAUGCAAGCAUUGCAUGUUUUACCAGCCAAACAUUUUUUAGCAUUCAGACAUCCUACCUCCCUGCUAUCCGCAAUACAUGGCAUAGAUACCAGGAGAGGAAGAUGGCAGGGGACGGGAGAUGUGAUUCAACUGGCCAUUGUGCUAAAUAUGGAAGCUAUACCUUGAUGGAUGCAGACAUCGGAGUGAUGCACAUUGAGCAAAUACAGCAAAUACACAAACACAGUUGUAUCUCAAAACGUCCACUUGGUCGAUUGAAAUCCAUAACUGUGCAGGAAUUAAGAAAAUUAUGGCAAUGUCAAUACAUUGUUGACACUGCUUUUAAAUGCGAACAGAGCAAUCAAGUGAAAAAUUCACAUGCUCUGAAACUUGAGGAAUUAAAAAAGGGACUACAAAAACUGAAAGAUAAGGUGACAGAUUUGAUCACAGACUGCCAUGCCAGUAUUAAAAAGUAG